AACGUCGAAUAUUCGAUUAUUUCGCGUCACGAUCGGAUAAAACAUUGGUUUUAAACAAACCGACUGAUGCGCCUACAUCGUACUCGCGUCGUUUUACAAAACGCGCGCGUCUUCGUUGGGAUCAAUUACGAAAUUGCUACGGUGCGCUACGGGGCGACCUAUCGGCAUCGCUCGUCCACCCGCCCGCCAUCCCGUCCGCCCGGCGGUCGGCGCGUAAACGUUUGUCGUUUUACCCGUCCGAUUCCGAAUUUUUGUUGUCCGUUUCGUUUUCAUUUGCCGGCAGACGAUAACACGGACCGACGAAGACGGCGACCAGCACACACACGCAGACACUACUUCGGUCAGCCGAACGUAAAACGUCGGUGACGUAACCAUCGCGCCGAUUUUCGGGAUACCGGGGCACCGGUAACAGGUAGGUUAUACGCACGCGACGGCGCUGUGGCGUCCGUAGGACGGUUGUCGUAGAUAAAGACCAAAUACUAUAUAAUAUGUGUGUAAUAGAUUUAUAAUGUAACAUAAUAAUGUAGACCAAUUAUAUUAUUCGUCGAGAUUAGAUCAUUUUUUUUGGACGUGUUGCGCGUAGGCACCUACCUAAUAUCAUAAUAAUAUUAUAAUGAUACACCAACACUCGUGGUCGUCCCCACCCGUGUACGGCGAACCGCGCACAACGCCGCCGCCGACGGUGAUCCGUUGGCCGUACAGCGGAGCCGAACCGAACGAUAUAAAUACAACCGCAACACAACAAACACGCACUAUUAUAUCAUAUACGAUCGUUGCGAUUGUUUCAUCGACGGACCGUCUCCGAACGCAACACGACCACCCGAACGAUAUAAUAAUAUUAUAGUAUAUGAUACACACAUAAUAUAUAAUAUAUAUAUACACAUUGUAUAUACAUAUAUAUAUAUAUGUAUAUAUUAUAAUAUCAUCGUCGUCGUCGUCGUCAUAUAAGUAUAUAGACAGAUUUCAAGAGUUGUGUUCGUUGGGAACGGUGCGGAAAACACAACUGCUACUGCACAGACACCGUCUCAGUGACGACUGUAUACACACGCACGAUAUACUACAACACGUAGAUACGUACGAGGCGCUGUAUAUAUACUCACCGCCCGCGACUGAUAUGGACCCGAGGAGACGUGACAAUAGUUAUUUGGUUUUCGUGUGCACGCUGGCCUUGGGUUUUCUCAUCUGUAUGCCCGUCACUACUCACUCGUUGAUCAGAGGUGACUGUUUCUUACCACCAGACGAAGGCAAUUGUGGAAAUCGAUUGACUUUGAGAGUAAAAUACUACUUUGACUCAACUAAUGACGACUGCUCAGAAUUCCUUUACUUCGGUUGUGGUGGCAACGAUAAUCGAUUUGAUACAUUCGAAGAAUGCGAAAAUGUAUGCCUAUUUAAUAACGGGUUUUAAAAUAAGCCAUCUUCGACUGGAUGUUCGAUAUUGGCCACCGAUGUUUUACAAUUGUCAAUAAAUGUAAUAUACCUACAUGGAAUGUGAAAGUACCAAAAAUAUCAAGACUUUGUUUUAAGAUAUUGGGAAGAGUGAUGUAUAAUAUUUGAGUAGUGAACAUUUAAUACAUAAUACAUAAUAUGUUAGAAUAAACAAAUUUAUAUAAUAAUAAAUUGUAAUAUAAUGAUUUAAGUUGUAAUAAUUUUUUAAUAAAUGCCGCAAAUGCAUA